GAAGUAUACGCAAUUACAUCACGGGCAGGCCCUUGUCCCUGAGGCUUUGGCGGGAGAAGCAAAAAACUAGGAAGUGAAGCUACAGCAGCAAUACUCAGCUGUUGCGUCAUUUAAAGAUAUCAAAUGUGUACGAAUAUAGCUUCGAAAUAGUGGAAAACGUAGCUACAUUUCGUUAAAUGGAUCCUGAUCUUUGCACCGACAAAGGCUGGACGAAAACGAAGGAGGCUGUCGCGCAUUUUCGAAAACUUCUGCUGUGCUCAAAAUGUUCAAAACUGAUGAACGAACCUGUGUGCCUCGGAGUUUGUGAACAUAUGCUUUGCAGGUCGUGUGCUGGUCCUCAAGCUGGAGUGGGAUGUGUGGUGUGUCACAGUCCUGCCUGGGUGAAAGACAUUCAGAUCAACAGACAACUCAGCAAUAUCACAGAACUCUAUGGCAACCUAGACUCACUGCUCAAUCCCACUGGCUCCGAUUACUCCGAUGCCCUUCCCAUUACACCAGCAGCACAGUCAGAUAAAUCUGUCUUAAAGCACAAGAAGAACUUCAAGAUCUGGUUUAGUCCCCGCAGCCGCAAGGUGCGCUGCCGGGUAGAGAAGUCUGCGGCGGUGCCUCUACCGGAGGUUGGGAGUGGGACUGUGAAAGCUGUUCCAAGACCUCCUGAGACACUACCUGAGUCUAAAGGCAAAGACCUGUCUGUCUUCAACUUCAACUCCUCCUCCCAAGACUCUGGCUCCUCCUCUCCUCAAAGGGCGACUAACUAUGAAAAGAAGAAGAAAGCGACUAAGAAGACGAGAAAUGGUGGUGGUGGUGUCAGGAAGCCUGCAGCCGGGGGUGGGCAGGAACCAACCACACAUAAAGAAACCAAGCAGAAUAACAAGACACAGAGGCUGGAGGCAAUCAACCAGCAGUGGGGCUUUGGUGGAGCGAGAGAAGGAGAUGUCAGAGAGGAAGAAGAGCAGGUCACUGCAGAGGAAGGAGAGCACAGGUCGAGUAAAAGAGUUUCCUUCCAAAGCCCCGCCACCCUGCCUGCCACUGUGGAGCCUCAGAAGGAGGAUCUCCCUCAGGGGAAUGCCAUAAUCCUCAGCCCCAGCAGAAGCAUCCUGAAGGUGGUUCAGCCAGGAGACAGCAUCCCACUCUCUGAGGACCAGGAUGGUCCAAGCCCACACACCACCCCUUCUCAGCUGGACAAGAUAUCUGCAAAGCAGCACUCCAAACCAAAUGAAGAAACGACUACAAAGCCUGACCUGCCCUCCCCUCCUAAGCGCACUCCCAAAAGAUUCUCUGUGGAAGAGAAAAACAUCUCACAGAGUACCCCAAAGAAACCCAAAGCAUCUCCUGGCCAGGGUAGACGUCCGGCAGUGGACAGGGUCGCACUCCCAGCCAUGCAUACCUCGCCCUCCCCUGCUGCCAGCCCCAGACAGGGUCGAACCUCCACCAGCACCAGGAGAUCCAGAGAAGGAGAGCAGCAGCGAGGCAGUAGCCCGUGUUCCCCAGCCCCCCUGGGGAAGAGAUCCCCGGGCAGACUGUCACAGAACAGCCCAGCGGUGGUGAAGAGAAACCACAAGGGAGAGACACCACUACACCUGGCAGCAAUAAAGGGUGAUGUAGCGACAGUGACGGAGCUCCUAGACCAAGGGGCUGACCCCAACCUGAAGGACAAUGCUGGAUGGACACCGCUGUUUUACUCAAACCACCUUCGGCUGGAUUGGACCCCCUCACGGGCCUCAUGUUUGACACCCCUGAUCUACAUGUUGCACGAGGCAUGUAACCUGGGCCACCAGGGUGUAGUGGAGGUGUUGGUGGAGAGGGGAGGCGUGCUGUUGAACACACCAGGCUACAAGAAUGAUUCUCCUCUACACGACGCUGUCAGGAACGGACAUACUGGCAUCGCCAUGCUACUGCUGCAGCACGGGGCUUCACAGAGCGUCUUGAAUAUGUUUGGCCUUCGCCCUGUGGACUAUGCCGUGAGCCCAGAGAUGCAGGCAAUCCUUCUGGCAGCCUCUGAAGGACCCCACCCAGUCAACUCACCUCUCAGUCCUCCACCCAGCCUCAAUAAGGCCAGUGAAGGUGUGAGACGGGAGGAACAGGUAGUUGUACUGGGCAGUAAACUGUCCCAGUCCCAACAGACCCGGCUGGCCAAACUGGGACAUCUCCUGGGAGGAAAAAGGGCAGACGCCUUCUCCUGCUCUGUCACCCAUGUGGUGGUACCAGACGGGCCGAUGCCCACCACCCUGUCCACUCUCCUGGGCCUCCUGAACGGCUGCUGGGUCCUCAACUUUAGCUGGGUAGAGGCGUGCCUGCAGGCAGAUAGCUGGAUCGCCGAGAGUGACCAUGAAGCAGGAGUAGGACCGCAACGCAGCCGCAUUAACAGACACAGCCUGCUGCCCCCGUUGUUGGACGGUUGUUUUUUCUACCUCAUGGGCUCCUUCAGGAAGCCCCCCAGGGAUGAGCUCCUCCAGCUGGUGAGAGAGGCAGGGGGCCAGAUCCUGACCCGACAGCCCAAACCAGACAGUGAUGUGACCCAGACCCUGUCUGCUGCAGCCUACCACGCCUCUCCAGGCUCAGACCAGGCCCUGUGUACCCAGUACAUCAUCUAUGAUCCCCAGGGCUCUUACAGGCCACCCAGGGUGAGGUUAGGAAAGGUGUGGUCAGCUCCAUCUACAUGGGUUGUAAACUGUAUAUCGGCUUUCCAGCUACUGCCAGUGCCUGAGCUUGAAUCAUAGACACACCUGGUGUGUAUUCAGUGAGGUGAAACGUUCGCAACAUUUCCGAUAGAAAUGUAAUAAAUAGUGUUGUCAUGAUUGCCUAUUAUACAUGACAGACAAUCAUAUCUGUUCUACACAAUAUGUUUCUAUGUAAAUGUUCCGUAACAUUGCACCCUCUUUAACAGACCCAUGGUCUUUCCGUCUCCCACCUGAAUAUUAAGGUCUAAUCAGAACACAGACAGCUGUGGUUGUAGAACUAUAACCUUGACGUAAUAGAGAUUGUACAGCCACUGUCAGUCCCCAAUCUCUGAUGUCUCUGGAUUUGGCCUUAAAUAUACCCACCUAUCACAAGCCAUUACUUGUUUUUCUUUAAGUUUUGUACCUGUAGCUCAAAGAUAAGCUAGUGAAGUGUUUAUUUUUAUCCCUGCUCAAUGACGAUAGAAGAUUAUAAACAUUUUGGCACUUUUCAGUAUUUUGAAUGAAGGAGUGAAAAAUCAAUGUAACUUCUUUCUCCUACUGAGACUCUAUAACGUCUGUGCUUUUGAGAAUGCCCUUUUCUUUGAAACUGAAUUGUGACUGCCUCUUCUCCAUUUUUAUGACUUAAAAAAUAAAAAUUAUGAAACACUGCCUUUAUUAAUACUAAUGUCACCUCCUCCUGCUGCUGCACACAGAGUUUUCUGUUUGGUCUUUUGAGAAUGAAUGGUAUUCUACAAAAUAAACGUUGUUGCAGCAACACAA